AUGGCUUCCGCGCGCUUCCCUGGAGACAAUGGAGAGGAUGAAGAGGACAACAACGAGCAAGGUGCUGAUAUCGGGGAGGUCAACAGCCACGUCUCCAAGCCGACUAAACGACAAAGAUGGGCUACCACACGAGCGCCCGGACAUGGUGGCGUCAAGAAACGUGUUUCAAUUAUCGAUCGCUUCCAUAAACGGUCAGAUCUGAAAGACGAAAAGCGAAAAUCGAACAAUACAAGCACCUCAGGCAAUAGCGAAUCUCAGAUCCCGCAAGAAGGACCGAAUCGGAGAAUCUACUUCAGCAUUCCUAUUCCGGAAUCCGAACGAGACGAGGAUGGUCAUUUGCGCAUCACGUACCCCAGAAACAAAAUUCGCACUGCCAAGUAUACACCGCUCACCUUUGUUCCCUACAACAUCUGGCUACAAUUUCACAACAUUGCGAACAUCUAUUUCUUGUUCGUUAUCAUUCUUAAUUGCUUUCCAAUUUUCGGCGCCAACAACCCCGGUCUGAACGCCGUUCCUCUAAUCGUUAUUAUCGUUGUGACCGCUAUCAAAGAUGCCAUUGAGGAUUGGGGGAGAACAGUGUCUGACAAUCAAGUGAACAACUCUCCGGUUUACAGACUGGUUGAAUGGAACAAUGUCAAUUCGACAGAAGACAACAUUGAUAUAUGGCGUCGUGUCAAGAAGGCUUGUACCAGGGGCUCGAUCGCCUCAUAUAAGUGGGUUGUUUCUCAAUUUAAGAAGAAAGAGAAAGAGGGGGAUGAUGACGAAGGGCAAAGACGCGGCUCAUUCUUGAGUACAGCAGAUCGCCGUUCCUCGAUUUAUACGCAGCGGAACUCCUUAGCCCCCGAAGAUAUCGCUAUCCCCAUGACCGAUGUUCCAUCGCCUCAGCCCGAAGCUCGCGAAGAUUGGCCGAUCGUGAGCAACCCUGAAAACAAGUAUCUGUCUCCGAACAGCGCAGCUCGACAGAGCGUCGUUGAGCCAACGCCGGACAAGAAACAUGGAACCAUCCUGGACAUGUCCAAGCAGACACCCGGCAAGGCCCGAUUCAAGCGAGAGCAGUGGAAAAGUCUGCAAGUUGGCGACUUUGUCCGGUUGUACAACGAGGAUCCUAUCCCAGCCGAUGUCGUGAUUCUGUCCACUUCUGACCCGGAUGGCGCAUGUUAUGUCGAAACAAAAGGCUUGGAUGGAGAAACCAAUUUGAAGGUUCGCCAAGCUCUUCACUGUGGCCAUGAAGUUCGACACGCCAGAGACUGCGAAAAGGCCGAGUUUGUGAUCGAAAGUGAGGCCCCACAUGCCAACCUGUACACUUACAAUGGUGCCAUACGUUGGGACCAGCGCGAUCCACGUUUCCCUGAAGCUCCCCGGAAGGAGAUGGUUGAGCCCAUCUCUAUCAACAACAUCUUGCUCCGUGGGUGCAAUUUGAAGAGUACCGAAUGGGUCCUAGGUGUUGUCCUCUUCACCGGUGGAGAGAGCAAGAUCAUGCUCAAUUCCGGUGCGACUCCGGCAAAACGACCUCGCAUGGCAAAGGAUCUGAAUUGGAACGUCAUUUACAACUUUUUCAUCCUAUUCCUCAUGUGUAUUGUCGCAGGUAUUGUGAAUGGAAUCGCAUGGGCCAGGCCAGACAAAUCUCUAGACUACUUUGAUCUUGAGUCCUACGGAGGCACACCACCUGUCACUGGUAUUGUCACCUUUUGGACCGCUCUCAUCCUGUUCCAAAACUUGGUUCCCAUUUCGCUUUAUAUUUCUCUUGAAAUUGUUCGGACCAUCCAAGCGCUUUUCAUCAACAACGAUCUGUUCAUGUACUACGAGAGACUGGGGAUCUAUUGUGUCCCUAAGUCUUGGAACAUUUCAGACGACGUCGGCCAAGUCGAGUACAUUUUCUCUGACAAAACUGGUACAUUGACUCAAAACCUGAUGGAGUUCAAGAAGUGUACGGUCAACGGCCUGGCAUAUGGAGAGGCUUACACAGAAGCUCAGGUCGGCAUGCGGCGUCGCGAGGGAGCUGAUGCUGACGCAGAGGCCGCAGUGGCUCGACAACAAAUUGCUGCCGAUGCGCAGAAAAUGUUGGGUCUGUUGCGUGGGAUUCAUGACAACCCUUACCUGCACGACGACCAACUGACGUUCGUUGCUCCGAAUUUUGUGACCGACUUGACAGGACAAUCCGGAGAGCGGCAGAAGCACUGUACAGAGGACUUCAUGCUGGCUCUUGCCUUGUGUCAUACCGUUAUCACCGAGCACACUCCCGGCGACCCCCCUCAAAUUGAGUUCAAGGCCCAGUCUCCCGACGAGGCAGCGUUGGUCAGCACUGCUCGAGAUUGUGGAUUCACCGUUCUGGGCCGAGCCGGUGACGAUCUUCUCCUGAAUGUUAUGGGCGAGGAACGCACAUAUACAGUUUUGAACACCCUUGAAUUCAACUCAUCCAGAAAACGAAUGAGUGCAAUUAUCCGAAUGCCCGAUGGUACUAUACGCCUCUUUUGCAAGGGUGCGGACAGUGUAAUUUACUCCCGUCUAGCCCGUGGCAAACAACAGGAGCUCCGCCGACAGACUGCAGAGCACUUGGAGGAGUUCGCUAGGGAAGGACUUCGGACUUUGUGCGUUGCCGAUCGACUGCUUAGUGAGGAUGAAUACUACACAUGGGCUAAGGAACACGAUAUCGCUGCCGCUGCGAUCACAGACCGUGAGGAGAAACUAGAGAUGGUUUCUAGUCAAAUCGAACAGGAGCUCAUGCUUAUUGGUGGAACUGCCAUUGAGGACAGACUUCAGGAUGGUGUGCCCGAUACAAUCCAGCUUCUUGCGGACGCUGGUAUCAAACUCUGGGUUCUUACCGGUGACAAGGUUGAGACCGCCAUCAACAUUGGGUUUUCUUGCAACCUACUCAAUAACAACAUGGAGCUGAUUGUGCUGAACAUUCCCGAGACUGAACACCAGCAGGCCUCUGACGAACUCGACAAGAAUUUGCAAACUUUCGGAUUGACCGGUUCUGACGAGGAACUUAUUGCUGCUCGUGCUGAUCAUACACCACCCGAGGCUACACAUGCCGUGGUCGUUGAUGGUGAAACCCUCAAGCUGAUGCUCUCCGAUGACUUAAAGCAAAAAUUCCUUCUACUCUGCAAGCAGUGCAAGGCCGUUCUUUGUUGCCGUGUCAGCCCCGCACAGAAAGCCGCCGUCGUGAACAUGGUCAAGAACGGGCUGAACAUCAUGGCUCUUUCCGUUGGUGACGGUGCCAACGAUGUGGCUAUGAUUCAAGAGGCCGACGUAGGUGUCGGUAUUGCUGGCGAAGAAGGUAGACAAGCUGUCAUGUCAUCUGAUUAUGCAAUUGGUCAGUUCCGGUACCUCCAGCGCCUUCUUUUAGUGCAUGGGAGAUGGUCUUACCGUCGCCUCGGAGAGUGCACGGCCAACUUCUUUUAUAAGAAUCUCGUGUGGACGUUCGCCCUUUUCUGGUACUGUAUCUACAACGACUUCGAUUGCUCCUACCUCUUCGACUAUACCUACAUUAUCUUGGUCAACCUCGCUUUCACUUCAUUGCCUGUAAUCUUCAUGGGUAUCUUCGAUCAGGAUGUGGACGACAAGGUGUCUCUUGCUGUCCCUCAACUGUACAUGAGAGGUAUCGAGCGUAAGGAAUGGUCGCAACUUAAGUUCUGGUUAUACAUGGCCGAUGGCAUGUACCAGUCAAUUAUUUGUUUCUUCAUGCCUUACCUCCUAUUCGCGCCAGCAAACUUCGUCAACGAAACUGGACGCAAUAUCAAUGACCGAGCCCGUAUAGGAGUUCUAGUCGCGUCCUGUGCCGUGAUUGCUAGUAAUAUCUACAUUAUGAUGAAUACUUACCGAUGGGAUUGGUUCACGUCUCUGAUCAACGCCAUCAGUAGUAUUCUCAUCUUUGUGUGGACCGGCAUUUAUACCUCCUUCACUUCCUCUGGUCAAUUCUACCAUUCCGCUGCUGAAGUUUACGGGUCAUUGAGUUACUGGGUCGUCCUCCUGAUGACUGUCGUGGUUUGCUUGCUUCCGCGUUUCACGUACAACUCCAUUCAGAAGGUGUUCUUCCCGCUUGAUGUUGAUAUCAUCCGCGAGCAAGUGACUAUGGGCAAAUUCAAAAGAUCCCCCAAUGCCCCCCCCAAAGAGGGAGGCCCGAAGGCCGUGGCUCCCAGUGAUGAAUCGGCCACCUCUUCGGAAAUAGUGAAGCCAGUGCAGCCCGCCAUCAAGCAGGACACUGAUGAAGAGCGGCCCUUCUAUGCUGCAUCCGUGGCCCCGACCGCAAACACCCACAACCCCCGCAGUCAAAACAGCAGUAAUGGGACCAACUACACCGCCAGUCUUGACCAUGAUCCGCGACCACAGUCCGUAGACUAUGUUCGCCGAUCUCCCGACCGGACACGGCAUUCGUUUGACCGGAGUCGACCGAGCUUCGAGCAAAGCAACGACUUCACUUCCGCUGCCAUGCUUUCUCGGGUGGAAUCUUCGCAAACUCCACACCGUCAACAUGAGGACCCAUUCCGGACUUCUGACGAUCCUCCUGUACAUAAUGUGAUAUAG